AUGAGCCUCGAGGUACUCGUCAGAAAUCACCUUGAGAUGGAGUCAGCUGGCACGAGGCCACCCAGUUACGACAGCAUGCCAUCAGCAGACGAUAGGCAAGUCGAAGAGCGUACAACUGCCACGGCGCAGUUUGCCAGUGGCAGAGUGGAGCUCGGCGUUCCGUGGAUUGAGAUGGAGCCUCACGUUUCCUCAAAUCGUCCGCAAGCCGCACAGCGACUGCGCAGCCUGGAGCACUCGCUAAGCCGCCGUCCGAGUGUACGGCAACGGUACCAUGACGUUAUGCAGAGUCAUCUCGCCAAGGGAUACAUCCGCGAAGUACCCAGUGAAGAGGUAGACGGUGACGGCGACAAUCAAUGGUUUCUCCCCCACUUCCCAGUGGUUCGAGAUGACAAAGAGACCACCAAGGUACGGAUAGUUUUCGACGCCGCAGCCAAAUGGGACGGCCGCUCUAUCAAUGAUGAGAUGCACAGUGGCCCGGCACUUCAGACAGACCUCGUCAAGGUCCUGAUUCGUUUCUGCUCUGAACCGGUGGCACUCGUAGCUGAUAUUUCGGAGAUGUUCUUGCAAGUGAUGCUCAGGAAAUCUGACCGCAAGUACCACCGUUUCCUCUGGCGGUUCGACGACGGCCCGGCACACGUCUAUGAGUUUCAGCGCGUGGUGUUUGGUAUCAAGGCCUCUCCGUACCUGGCAGGCAGGGCGGUCCAAGAAGUGUUGCGUCGGUUCGGCCCUGAGUAUCCAGCACACACUAUAGAAGCUCUGGAGCGCAGCCGUUACAUUGAUGAUCUGCUUGCGUCGAGGCCCACAGUCGAGGACGCUGUGAAAAGCCGCUUGCACUGUCAGGAGAUCCUAGCUCACGGUGGAUUCCACUUACGCAAGUGGUUGUCUAAUAGCGCAGAGGUCGUGGAAAGCGUUCCGGUAGCAGAUCGCGCAGCGUCCACAGUGGUCAACGUCGGCGACCAUGUGCACUGCACCCUGCCAACAACGAAGACACUGGGAGUAACCUGGUCAGCAAAGCAGGACACCUUCACCUUCCGCUUCCAGCAACCUCAGCUUUCAAAACUCACUAGACGAUCCGUGCUCAGUGGUGUCGCGACAGCUUUCGACCCACGUGGCCAGAUUUCGCCAUUCAUCAUCCGAGCGCGCGUCCUACUGCAGGAUACGUGGCUUCUCGGCCUGUCUUGGGAUGAUGAGCUCCCGUCAACAGUAGCCACUAAGUGGAAGGCGUGGUUUGGCGAACUGCCAGCCCUAGCAGCGAUAGCAGCGCCGCGCAGCUUCAAGGCAUCAUCAGCAUCAUCCGUAUCCAUCCAUACCUUCACGGACGCGUCCAACCGCGCUAUUGCAGCCGCCACCUACGUUCGAGCUGAAGAUAGCUCGGGUGCGGUGCGAGUGACACUUGCCAUGGCCAAGGCCAAGACAGCGCCGACCCGUCGUCAGACCAUUCCACAGCUGGAGCUUCGUGGAGCAGUGCUCGGACUGAGGAUCAGCAGCGAAGUCGGUGAUGCGUUGGAUGUGCCAAUUUCCGAACACACCUUCUGGACCGACUCGAUGAAUGUUCUGGGAUGGAUCCGGUCGCGCAGCCGUCGAUUCAAGGUGGACAUUGGCAACCGAGUGUCCGAGCUGCAACGUGCCACCAAGCCGUCCCAGUGGCAACAUGUUCCCGGAAAACAGAAUCCGGCCGACAAGGGUACGCGUGGGCUAGCAGCGGAGGCAUUGGCGAGUGAUCAAGAAUGGUGGCAUGGUCCCAAGUUCCUUGCCAAGAGCGCAGACACUUGGCCACAACAACCGCAGCCUGUCCAAACAGUGGACCUCCCUGGAGAGGUUCAACGAGAAUCAACGUUCAUGGCUGAGAAGGGUUUCACAAGUGCCGCCGUGGUGGAACGACUCCAACCGGAGCAGUAUUCAAGAUGGCAGCAGUUGGCUCGCAUAACAGCGUGGUGCCAACGCUUUAUCUGCAACUGCAGACGCCGCGUUGCCACGAAGGGGGAAGGCCAUCCCCACGGAGAGAACGGAGAGAUCAACGAGGUCAUUGCACUGUUGCAGGUGACAACUGCCACAUCAGUGCUUGCAGUGCCAGAGUUAGCAGCGUCAGAGCUACAGGCAGCUGAGGACCACUGGGUACUGCAAGCACAGAUUGAUGUAUAUGGUUCCACAAGGCAUCAGUUAGCAGCCGGCAGGCCAGUGCAAAAGCAAGACCCACUUGCUGCACUAGGACCAGAGCUCGACUCGUCGCGGAAGCAGCUCUUGGUGGUGGGAGGUCGACUGAAAGCAUCCAGCCAUCUGCCCUAUCGGUUGCGUCAGCCAGUCAUUCUGCCUGCUAAGCACACUGUCACUAGGUUGAUUGUUGAGCAGCAGGACCGAGUCUGCAAGCAUGCCGCUGGUCCUCAGCACCUCCUGGCCAAGUUGCGCGAGAGGUUCUGGAUAGUCAACGGUCUGUCAGUAACUGUGCACCAAGCUUGUGUUCGAUGCCGGCGACAGUGGAGGCCACCAGCAUCCCAGAUUAUGGGUCAGCUACCCGACAUCCGUACGGCUGGGUCCCUGCAGGUAUUCACUUCAUGUGGCAUCGACUUUGCGGGCCCAUUUCAGACCAAGCAAGGGCGGGGCAGAGCCCAGGCAAAGCGCUACCUAUGCCUGUUUACCUGCCUGGAAACGAGAGCCUGCCACCUGGAGUUGGUAUACUCUCUGGAUACCGAUGGUUUUCUCUUGGCUCUGACCCGGUUCACCAAGCGGCGCGGCACGCCCCAGCAGAUAGUGACCGACAACGGUACGAAUUUCUCAGCAGCAGCCCGUGAGUUGCGAGAGGCAGUUGAGCAGCUUGACCGCCGAGAGAUUGCCCGAAGCCUGGCCGGCAACCGAGUGAGAUGGCGGUUCAACCCUCCUCGCGCGCCACACUUUGGUGGUGCAUUCGAAGUAAUGAUCAAGGCCGCAAAGAGAGCCCUACACUCGACUCUUGCCAAAGCCGACAUCACCGAUGAGGAGCUGCACACGGCGUUUGUCAUUGCCGAAGAGCUAAGCAACUCCCGCCCGCUGAUGCCACUGUCUGCAGACCCCGAGGAUCCGGAAGCCCUCACACCACAGCAUUUCCUUGCUGGACAAUUCAGCCCUCCACUGCCUCUUGAGCUGGCCGCAGAUGCAAGGGACCGGGUACACCCCCGAGAGCGCUACGUCUUAGUUCAACAGCUCCUGAAGGAAGUGUGGACACGGUGGCUCACGGAGUUCGUGCCAUUGCUCAACGCUCGCAAGAAGUGGCGUCGGGCGCAGAAGAAUGUGGAAGUUGGAGACGUCGUACUGUGCAUGGAGCCUGACACGCCGCACGGCAAGUGGCCCAUGGGCAGAGUGUGCAACACGUUCCCCGGCCCUGAUGGCUGCGUCAGAGUAGUUGACGUCUGCCUGCGUGGCAAGACCUACCGCCGAUCCAUCCACCGGCUCAUUCCAAUCCUCGAUAUGGCGGAUAAUUGA